AUGUCAUACGCACCAUUCUCAAUGGCAAAACAGUGGGACGACGACGGCAGUGACCGUCCAUCAACAACCUCGUCGAACGAGCAACUAGAUCACGCUCAUGUCCGCUCCAAGUCGACAGCCCACACGAACAGCCCAAAGCGGCUCUCCGUCUUCAGUGGUCGCUCCCGGAGCAACACCACCACCUCGACCUCCUCUCGCCGCUCACCAGGUUCCUCAAUGACCUCGGAUGGUUCAAUCCCCGAUGAGCGCACUGUCUCCUCCUUGGGUCAACGCUCCGAUAAGGACAAGUCAUCUCGGUCCUUUUUGGCGCGGGGAAGCCGCAUCCUUCGUCGACAGGGUAGUAAGAUCAAUAUCGUCGCAACAUUGGACGAGGAAGAUGAGGUGGAUCGUGAAAAGCCCCGGGAUAGAGAGCUGUUCGGGCGUCGUUCCCGUCAUACCGACAACAGUGAACGCCUGAAAAGCCUCAUAUCUGAUCCAUACGAUUUCCAUCACCUGACUCAUACCAAUCCGUCCCAAUUCCAAGCUCUGGAUCAGACUCGUGAGAACGACCUUGUCACCGAAUUUUCUGCCAUUCGCGCAUCGCAACGGCCCCAGACCGGGCUGAAAGGUAUCCGCGCCGAGGACAUUCAUUUCCGUAACUUCUCCGCCGAUGAUCUGGCCGUGUUUGGAACUGCCACUACCGUCGACGAGCCGAGUUUGAGCCCGCCGGUAUCCCCCAAGGCAAGCCAUGGUCAUGCUCGCCAAGGAUCUCGCGCGAAUGAGAACUUCUCUCGUCCUGUGUCCAGGUACCCUCGCUCUUGCCCUACCACUCCCCCUCCACCUUCAGUGCCGGAGACCCCUCCCCCAGAGACCAUCGAGCCAGAGCCUCGCGCCAUUGAUGAGAUCCUGGGUCUGUCAUCCGCCGUGACCUACCCAGAGUGUCUUCAGUCCACACCACCAACCCGGUUCUUCAGCCCCGAGCCCACAGGUGACAGUGUCAGGACUUCAUCAAUGAGCAGCCAAUAUGAUCUGGCAGAUGUACCCGAGGAAGAGGAAGCAACCCGAUACUGGGAUAGCCCGCAGUCCAGCGUCGGAUGUCCCGACUCGCGCUCCGUCUCUCAGGCCAGCCCGGCCCCCAAGACCGACUCACCGAGCGUUGGCGAGCCUAAUGCUCCAAUGUCGAUCUUUGUGGCCGAGGAGCUGUCAAGAAAAUUCUCCGAGGCUCUCGGCUCCCCCACUCUCCCCCAACACCUUCAAAACACCAACACCCAGGUGGUCGCACCCGCCGAGCCAAUUGCUGAGCUCCACCGCUUCUCAUACGAGGACGAGAUGUACGACUCUUGGGAUGCUGACAUCGACUACUGCUACGAACACGCAGCAGAGUCGACCUCCAAUUUUGAUUGGACUCGCACAUCUCUCGAUGAGUCCCGUCCUCAGGUUGGCGUAGCUUGCAGUGAUGGACCUUGGCUCUCUCCCAAAGCCCGCCACCUCCAGCCCAGCCCACUCAGCUCUUCUGAGCUCCCCACACCAGACCUGAACCCAAGCCCUGCAUCCAUGCCCACCCACUCCGCCGCAACCCCCUCCAGCGACUUUGGUCAGGUAUUUCGCAACCCCGACUACUUCCCCAUCAGCACUCUGAGCAAGAUCGCCGAGCCUUUGUACGAAGAGUACAUCACCACGGACGGCGAAUCAGACCGUCACUUUCCCUUUGCCGGCAUGCCCAUCUCCCCACGCAGCAGCUUUUCUCCAAUUAGCAAGUGCAACAGCCAGGAGAGCCUGAUGCUCUCUCGCGCGGCCUCGAUCGCGCGCAAGCAUCGUUCCUCCGUCUCAACAACCAGUGUUCCCGAGCUCAUCCACUCCCUCUCAAGCAGCCGCGAGCUGAUGCCCACCGACCGCUUGACAGCCGCCGAGGCCCUAACUCGCCCUCCUUCGGCGUCGCACCGCCAAACAAAGAGCCUCGCCGAGCACCAGCUUCUGAACAAUAGCAGCAGCACCAGUCUGGAGGAAAUGCCGGUCCACGACCGCACCAAGUCCACCUCUGAGGUUGACAUCAGAGUCGAGGCUCCUCUGCCUCCCUUGCCACCCAAGAACCCAAACCGAAAGCCGAAGAGUCGCUCGCCUUCGUACUCUCUCUUCCCCACUGCUCACUGA